AUGGCACCCGAACAUCCAGCCAAUUGGCUCUGCGGCGUCAAGGUCGUCCAUGACCCCAACUUCGUCAAGAUCAUGUUCAGAGACGAAGGCAUCGGUAACGGCCGAGUCCCUCUCGUCAUGGAUGGUCUGCCGCUUCGCCGCGACACUUACAACUAUGCAUUCCACAUCCCGCUGCCGCUCACCGCUCAGCUGGGAUUCCCAUUGCGCGGCUUCAUCUGCGAUGACUUCAGCGAGCUCAUGCAGUCCCCCGACAACGAGACCUUGCGUCUGCUCUCACUUGACAUCGACCCCAACUCUCCCACCUUCGGCAACUCCGUUGCCACCUCAGACGGCGAAGUCAUGUUCUCUCGCGGCGAUAUCCAGAGCUUGAGUGAGGAGGAUCUGAGGGCGAUGGAGGCAUACGCCAGACUCGAGCUUGCUGAUGUUCGGGCACUUCAAGACAUCAACCCCACCAGCAAAGACUACGCAGCAGCCCGGCAGAAGGCCAUCAACGCCGCUACUCAGGCCACACCUGAGCAGUACACCAAGUUCUACGAUCUAUACAUCCGUGGGCCAGUCUGCCAGACUUGUGGCAUCCCGAAGGGAUGGCGUGAGACGGUGCUCUCUUCGUGCAGCAAGUGCAAGGUCACUCACUACUGCGGUAAAGAGUGCCAGGUGAAGGACUGGAAGAUUCACAAGGUCAGCAAGGAGCAUAAAGGCAAGGAGGAGUGGUUCCUUCGCCAUGUUCUGAAUCCGACCACCCUCGAUGGCAACGCACUGUUCUAUACCAGAGGUGGCUCAAAGGCUGCCCAGAAUAUUGCGAGGAACUGCGAGAAUCGGUGGAUGACCAUCUGGAAUGUUUGGCCGGAAGACCUUGGGCUGUACAACAACAGCACGGACGAUAGUAACCCGCUUGCUUGUAUACAUCGAAACAAGCAGUAUCAGCAGGUGUAUUACCAGACCAUGUCCAGAGCUUUCGCCAGACUGGCGCGAACGUCUGCCAUUGUUCACCACUCGACCAAAGACUUUUACAAUCCACCAACCAACGGCAUAUACGGCACCCGAGAACUGCCGACGCUCCGUGCGUGGACCAAUGUCAACCACCUGGUCAAAAUCGGUCCUGAUGGCCUCAAUUUCCAUUAUGACCUUGCUCGUGACGCUAAUAUUCUUAUGGCGCCGCUGAACAUGCAGACGACCGAUGCGAUCCUGAACCAGCUAGCCUUGACCAUGGGGGACGGGAGCACUGCUGAGAAGGCAGCGUCUAACGAUACUCUUUCGUGCAAUAGUCUUUAUCUUGGAGAUAUCGCCAGCCAUCCGCUGAGUGAGUUCGCUGACGGCAGUUGGUAG